AUUAAAUUUUCUUACUAAACAAACAAGUAUCAUCACAUUAAUUCACACACCCUCUUGCCUAAAAAAAAAUCUCUUACAGAACAAGUCUGGCUUUUGCAAACAUUGUCUGAAGAAAUCAAAAGAUGGAACAGAGCAAAAGAACAGAACAAGUUGUGUUAUCGCAGAGAUUAAAAAGAUUGAUCGUCUCCUUUGUUUGUUGUCUUCCCAUGUCUCUUCUCGGUCUCCUUCUCAUGCUUCUCUUACUCUACAACAGCUUCUCCGUCUUCUCUUUUCAUCUUGAUACAAUCCCACCUGUUAAAUCCACUCUAUCACCAACUCAACACCAGAUUCUUCAUCAUCAUGCCUCAACAUCAUUAUCUGAGUCAGACUCUUCAUUGUUGCUUGUGGUGAAAGAAACCUCUUUAGGGCUCGUACAGAGGCAGAAUGAUUCGUCGACGAGGUUGGAGAGAAGGAAGAGGAGAUUCAAGAGAAGAAUCGAUUCAACUUCUGCGAUAAUACAGCAUUUACAAGUCAAACUAAGACAGAGAUUCAAGACGAGGGUCAAGUCUUUCUUGUCCAAAUCUUCUUGCGAGUCACUCUUCUUCAUGACCUGGAUCUCCUCCAUCGAGUCUUUCGGUGAUCGAGAGCGAUUCACCAUAGAGAGCCUCUUCAAGUUUCAUCCAAACAGCUGUUUGAUCUUGGUCUCAAACUCAUUUGACUGUGACAGAGGAACCCUAAUCUUGAAACCCUUUAUAGAUAAAGGGCUUAAAGUGCUUCCAGUUAAACCUGACUUCGCUUACAUCUUUAAAGACACAUCAGCAGAGAAAUGGUUUGAACGAUUGAAGAAAGGAACAUUGAGUCCAGGAGGGAUUCCAUUAGAGCAAAACCUCUCCAACCUGCUGAGAUUAGUCUUGCUCUACAGAUACGGCGGAAUCUACUUAGACACAGACGUUAUAAUCCUCAAACCUCUCACCGAUCUCCACAACGUAAUCGGAGCACAAGCAGUUGAUGCAGUCACAAGAAAAUGGAGCAGACUGAACAACGCGGUACUCAUCUUCGACAAAAACCAUCCUUUGCUUAAGAGAUUCAUCGACGAGUUCUCGAGAACCUUCAACGGUAACAAAUGGGGUCACAAUGGUCCAUACUUAGUCUCGAGAGUCAUUGCAAGAAUCAACAACUCCCCAUCUUCAGAUUUGGGAUUCUCUGUUCUUCCACCAUCUGCUUUUUAUCCGGUUGAUUGGAACAGAAUCAAAGGAUUCUACAGAGCGCCCACGAAUGAGACCGAGGCUAAUUGGUUGUGGAAGAGGCUUGCGCAUCUACGUAAAAAUACCUUUGCUGUUCAUCUUUGGAACAGAGAGAGUAAGAAACUUAGGAUUGAAAAAGGAAGUAUCAUUCAUCAACUCAUGUCUCAUUCUUGCAUCUUUUGUAACUCUUCUUCUUUACAUUUUAAGUUAAAACAUGUAAAGUAAAAUUUUCACAAAAAGAGAGGGAGAGAGAUAAAAGGACAUGCAGAUUUGCUGAUCUAUCUGCCACUCUUAGGAGACGUACAAAUAGGCCAUGUAUAUUUUGUAAGUUGUACAUCUAAAGUCUGAUUUUUUUUGUUAUUUACUAGACACGCUCCAAAGCCAUUGUAGCAUACAUAUUUACAUUCUUUAUUAUGUGUUCAG